AUGGGGAGCAGUCAACAAGACUCCAUUUGUUGCAAUAUUCAGUUCCUCAGAGGUGAAGGGCCAGGGGAAGAAGCCACUGCAGUAACCAAAGGAGAAUGUUUACUGGUAUCCAAUGCUUGCUCUGCUGGGCAAAAGGGACCAAUGAAACAGCCUGCAAUUCAGAUAUCAGAUGAAAUAAAGGAUCAGCACAGAAUAAUAAAGAAGAUGGAUUGUAGCACUGAAGUCAAGGACACUGACAAAACUUUAAGGUCUGGGUCAGUUGAUAAUCAAGAUGGAAACACAGAAGUUUAUCUCCAUUCCACAUUGGAAACUGGUGGAGCCAUUGAAAAGAAAAUAAACAAAUCACAUGAUAAAAAUGAGGUGACUGAACUUGUGAAAACUGAAGACACCGGAGGCUGGUCCCAAAGAGAACUUCUUGCAGAGUUGAAAAGUGAAGAUGAACCUCAAAUUGGCUGUUAUAUCACUGCACCAUUUAUCAUAGCCCAGAGGCUGUUGUGUAAAAUAAUCAAUGAUAAGAGCUCAAUGGUUGUAGGUGAUGAUGAAGAAUUGGUGAGCAACGUGAUCAGCAUUCAGUGUACUGACUCCAGGAUAAAGAUUCCAUUUCCUUUAAAGAUUGCAAUACCAUUCACUGCUCGAUAUCGGGGGAAUUAUCGUGACAUUAUGGUAAAGGCAUCAGAUGCAAGACCCCAUUCAAGUUAUUUGACUCCUUUCUCCUUAGAGGGAGUGUACAAUGGACACAAGAAAUCCUGUGCAAAUGUUAAGAUCUAUAAACUUGGCAUCUUUUCAGUUAUGUCCUGCUUAAGAAAAGAGACAUUUACCAUACCACGAAAAGGUUUAACCUUGAAGCUCAGCAUGGAUUCAAGAAUUACACUGAACUACCUCCCUGGAUCCUUCAGUACCUCAGUGGUAGUUCAAUCAAAGGUUCAGCCAAUUGAUUCAACAUUGUUGAACGUAAUGAAAUCAAGACAAGAUAUAUUUCAUCCCAUAAUCUCCACCAGCCCUCUUGUCCAUAUCAAACAUCCAUCUACUCAGCAGUUUCGGAAAUCAAUUACCAUCACUCUGCCCUGUCCGCCAAACUCAGAUAAGAAGAGAUUAGGGGAUGAAAUCGACCAUCCUCGACCAACUGCUGCAGUACAGAGAAGUAGCAGUCAUCGCUUUCGGUAAAUUAAGGUGAGUGCACCUGUAAGAAAACCUGGAGAAGUAACCAAUGAAUCAUUAAAACUGUUCGGAUUUAAAUCAAAGGAUGAAGAAUGGGUGAUGAUGGACAAUGUAACUGUGAAAGAUAUGCAAAAUGGGCUGGUUGCAAUUGAAUUAACUGAACACGUGGAGAGAUUUAUUGUCCUUCGCUUGUCACCCUCAGUGGAUAGUAGCUAUUUAAUUUCUUUUGUACACAAACUUGAAGAAGCGAUCCAGUUCACUAUGGUUAAUGUUAUUACCUACCACAAAAGAGACAACUUCCACCAUUUUGUUGUGCUGAUGGUUCCUUCCAAAGAAUUACAGUGGGAAUUGGUUAAGCUACGUGAAGAGGGAUUCAGAGGCCCACCAGAGCCAUCCGAAGAGUUUCCAAUGAGAGAGGGCGAGCAGCUGAUUCUCAAAUUUUGUGGCAACAUUAAAUCAUUGGACAGUGACCAAAAUACGUCUCAAGGAUAUCAACUGAUAUUCCACUCGCAGCGGAAAACCCGACUGGAGCUGCAACUGACUGAAGUGAAUGAGUUUGGCAACUGCUGCUCACCUCACUACAAAGGAAUGGCAGUAUUUUAUAAAAUAACCAAAGAUGAGCUGACCAAACAAUGGGAUAGGGAACCCCAGCCAGUGGAUAACUUGGACCAUACCCCUGUAUGCAAGCUAACAUUAACAUUGCCCAAGAGAGAAAAGGUUCUUAGUCGUUCAACAACAAGUGUGAGCAAAUUACCAGAAACAUCGUCUGAGGACCUACUUUAUUGGGUAGCCUCAGAAAUUUCUGAAGAAGAUGCCACGUUGCUUGUGACAUCUCUGCGAAUCCGUCGCAGCGCCGUCCAGUUGGUCAGGCUGACCAACCCUGAUGACUUAACAGACCAGAUUUACAAACUGCUCAACAUGUGGAAGAAGAAUAUGCCAACUUCAGUAGAUAAAAUUCAAAUCCUUUCCCGACAUUUGAAGAAAUGUGGAAGAGAAGACUUAGCAGAAGAGUUACGGUCAAAAUAUAGUCAAGGAGGCCCAGUAAAACCUUUAUAA